AUGAGUGAAAGGAGUGGGAGCUCGGGCGGUGGCAGUGGCGGUGGUGACCGAGGCGAUCGGAUCAACUACCCGGCGCUGACAGCAACCAACUACACCAGUUGGUCGAUCCGAGUUCAGGCGAUCAUGGAGGAUCAGGGAGUGUGGGAGAUCAUGGAGCCGACGGGGGAGACGUUGGAUCAGGGGGCGACGGCAGUUGCAGCGAGGAAGGCCAAAAACAUCAAGGCACGGGUGCAUCUGCUCCAGUGCCUGCCCGAUGAUCUGCUGAUGCAGGUCGCCACGAAGAAGACCGGGAAGGAGGUCUGGGAUUCGCUCAAGGCGAGAUUCGUGGGGGAAGAGCGGGUGAAGGAGGCGCGGCUGCAGACAUUGAAGAGCGAGUUUGAUGGCUUGACGAUGAAAGAGGAGGAGUCGAUCGAUGUGUAUGCUGGGAAACUGACGAGCAUGUCAGUGAGGUAUGCAAAUCUAGGCGGUUCACUUGAUGAUUCAGCACUUGGGAAGAAGAUGUUUGAUACAGUGCCUGAGAGAUUCAUCAAUGUGAUUGCCGGGAUCGAGCAGUUCUAUGAUCUCAAGAAGCUUGCCUUUGAUGAAGCUGUUGGUCGUCUGAAAGCCUUUGAGGAACGCACCAAGCGGGGAGCAGGAGGUGCCAAGUCAGACAUUGGUCAAGUGUUACUGACCCAAGCUGAGUGGGAGGCUCGGCAGAAGAAGAUGGGUGGAGAGAACUCAGGGAGUGGAAGAGGACAUGGCAGCAGCCGUGGACGAGGCCGUGGCCGUAGUGGAGGGAACGGUGGCCGUGGCAAUCAAGCAGAUGGAGGGAAAUAUGGCUCUGGGAAGAAAGACAAGAGUCAUAUCAAAUGUUUCAAGUGCCAUCUGUAUGGACACUAUGCCAACAAGUGUCCAGGAGAGAAUAAGAAAGAGGAAGAAGCACACCAUGUCAAAGCAGUGGAGUAUGAGCCUGCUGUGCUGUUUACUGAAUCAGUGACAUCAGAACAGGCAGAUUAUCAGUUGUCUGAAACUGAUCAGGCUCAGGAGAGUUUGCUUCUGAAUGAGGUAAAAGUUUUUCCAGAGUUGUAUUUUACUGGUGAUGAUGAUUCUGGUAGAGAUGUGUGGUACUUAGACAAUGGUGCUAGUAAUCAUAUGACUGGUGAACAUCAUAAAUUCAGAAGUAUAGAUAAUUCUGUUAGUGGCAAGGUGAGGUUUGGUGAUGGGUCAGCAGUAGAGAUUCAUUGUAGAGGAUCCAUUUUGUUCCAAGGUCCUUCAGAGGAUGGAAGCAAGGCACACAGAUUGUAUAAUCCUCAAACCAGAAAGAUGGUAGUGAGUAGGGAUGUCAUCUUUGAAGAAGAGGUUGCUUGGGUAUGGAACACUGAGCUUGGAGAAAAUUCAGAGUUUUCAGAAGAAACAGUUGGUGAAACUGUUCAGACCUUUACUGUAGGUAUUGGGGUUGGUGUUAAUCCACAAAUUCAUCCAGAUCAACAUUCAGGGGGAGUUGGGAAUGCAGGAGAUAGUGUUGAGUCUACUGGUGAAGUAGGUGGGUCAGUUCAGCAUGAAACUGAAACACUGUCAGAUACUAUUGACAGUCAGACAACAGGAGAAAAUGCAAGUCCAGCUCAGAGUGACAAUGUGAUCCAUGGUGAUGUGGACAUGAUUGACUCAAGUGACCAUGAUGAAACACCAGUGAGCAGCAGAGGCGAGAGCGGGAGCGCAGGAUUUCAAAUCGGGGAUGGCGCGGGAGCAGUUGCUGAUGCUGGUGAUCGUGCUCUGGACCACGACGUAGUGCAGCAGUGGCGGUUUAGCUGA